AACUAAUAGAUGGGCCAUCACUCAUGCUGCAACAAGCAAAAGGUCAGAAGGGGCCUCUGGUCACCUGAGGAAGAUGAGAAGCUCAUAAAGUACAUUUCCACCUACGGUCAUGGUUGCUGGAGCUCAGUCCCGAGAUUAGCAGGGCUGCAAAGAUGUGGCAAAAGCUGCAGGCUUAGAUGGAUCAAUUAUCUCAGACCUGACUUGAAAAGAGGGAGCUUCACUCCCCAAGAAGAAUCUCUAAUAAUUGAGCUCCACAGAAUGCUUGGCAACAGAUGGUCACAGAUAGCCAAGCAACUCCCAGGAAGAACAGACAACGAGGUCAAGAACUUCUGGAACUCCACCAUAAAGAAGAAACUCGUCUCUCAGGCCAUGGAUAACCUCAACCCCAUGCCUUGUGCUGAUGAACUGCUACCAUUGAGCACGUAUCGAAAUCAGCUCUUCUGUGGCCCAGAGCAGUAUUACUUCCUGAAUGGAAUCAACCUACCGGUAGGCUACGACAGCCCAGACCUGCCCGGCUUCGUCGCCGAUGGUGUAACUUCCAGCUCGACGUGGUCUUUGGAUCCUCGCCAUCAGAACCAGCUGCAACACAACAACAACAACGGCAACAAUCUCCUGGUGUUCAACGAAGAACUCACGCUUCCUUUGCAUUACACAGAAGCCAUUAAACAUGCAACCACAAGUUUCGCAGUCAACUGCAAUCAAUCCCUGGAGACCCAGGACUCGAUCAUCCAGUGUUUUGCGGCACCGAAUGAGUGCCCUAACGCCCGGCCUCUCUCGAACAACCCUCAGGGUUCCAUGAACACGGUGAGGUUCAAGGAUGCGAUCAUGGCGUCAUCGUCUGCACCAGCGGUGGUGCUCGGUGACAGCCUCGCUGAUAUCUCUGGUGUGCAAACUCAUUGGAUAGAGUAGGGCGUAGGUUCUCCUGGACAAGAAUAAAGGUCGUAUAAAUCUGGAUAGAAAAUUAACAUGGAGAAGAGAAGAUCGAGUUGCUGCCGCUAUCAUGUAAGCGUUAAAUAUGCAUACAUCAGUGUGGGAGCCUUCUUAGA